ACUGGCACAUGAUGGGAAUCAACCAAUGGCUCCAGAGCUUUCCUGGGGCCCCCGUGUGCACGGGCGAGUGUAUCCGAAAAGAAUAGCAGAGAGUGAGACUGGCAGCAAAGUCAUUCAAGUUUUCCUUUCAACCACUCCUGAGUCUUGAAUCGGAGUAGCUACAUCUGCAUCCGUAUGUUUGAGCAGCAUAAAAACUCAAUCUAAACUUUUUCUUUCGGGGUUGCAAACGGAUUAUUCUACACUACGGUGGAAAAUAACAGUGGAAUCUGAAUGCGGCAAGGAUUAUUUGGGAUUAUUUCGUGGUGAAGCAACUCCAUCGAUGUGCCGUCAGAAGGAUUCUAAAGCAAAGGAUUUAACCAAGGGUGCUCAAAGUCCAAGAAAAAAACUAACUAUUUUGCUGUCGUUUCAUGUUGUAGCUAUAGCCUAGUUAUUGGAGGAAUAAUUAUGGUAUAGCCUAUGAAUUGCUGCUCGGAAGAUAGUCUUGGGGAAUUGUGUAGCCUCUGUAAAGACACACGUUUUCAUGGAGUUGGUAGACGAUAUGGUUGUAGGAUAUAACAGACCAGUAAAUGCAUGUAUGUCGCAUUCUGUUUAGCUGUGCAAUCUCGUUACAUUUGACUUUGUUUGAUGCAACAUACAACCGUAAAUUACAUUCUAAUGCUGCGAGUUAGUCAUAAAUCUACGACCCCCGGCUGCGCAUGUAGUGCGCGCCGUUUACAAAACAUUAAUGUUGUGCGGAGACCAUAAAUCAAUGUGGAAUCCUCACAGACCUGGACGGGAACAAUACGACACAUCCAAAACUGUCUAAAUUGUCGUAUGUUCAGGUCGAAACGCUCAGGUCUUAUACGGCGACUCUGGAGAAGCCGUUUAGUCCCAGACAGAGACGUGGGAGAUGGGAGAAGCAAACGAAGCGAGGAGUUUCGGGACGAUUCGUGUGGCAGUAACCCAGAAAAAAUACCCAAAACGGAGCUCGGGUCGGUGACCCGUGCCUCGCCAUCUCUGGGAACUUUCGACGAAGUGUGCAACACAGACCUCACGGACAGCGCAGAGUCGGCGCCGGGGGACAAUUCGGACCAUGGUCAGAGGGAUGCCAUGUGUGUCCCCGUCCCUCAUCACCGAGGCUCUCAGCCAGAACACGAGAAUGACAGUAGAACGGUUACUUGCUGUUUGUUUCGAGACAGGGACCCUGGACCUCGGAGCCCCGUCUUGACCCGGGGUAUUCGAAACUCUAGUCCCCGCGAUGGAGGUAUCCUCACGGGACGGGAGGGGAAUACUGUCUCGGUGGCCGAGCAAGAACUCAAGAACGUUACCUAUGCUCUUUUGAAAAGACUCAAGGAGAAACCGCUGGAUGCCUUGUUGGAGGUGUUGGAGCAUAAAGGAGGGAUGCCCAGUGACUGUGUUCUGGUACCCCAGACGGAGCUGCGUUUAGGUGGCCACUCGACAUCUCCCCCAUUUCUGCUCUGUAAACUCUACCGAUGGACUGACCUGCACCACUCGACUCAACUCAAAGCGCUGUGCCACUGUCAAAGCUUCCGGGCAUUGGACAGCAGCGAAACGGUGUGCUGUAACCCCUAUCACUACAGUCUCUUGUGUGGGCCAGAAUCCCCACCACCCCCCUACUCACGACUAUCUCCCUCAGAUGAACACAAGCCACUGGAACUAUCAGAUUCAACACUGUCGUACACUGAAACUGUGGCCCCCCACUCCCCCGACGUCACGCCAAGACUCUUCUCAG